CGCCGCGGUUCAAGAGUUCACUUCCGGGUCAAGGUACUCACCUGUGACAGAAACGGCAAAUAGUCAGGUGCAGUAUGUCUAAACUGUGGAGUAUUGCAUGGCCGCAAGUUGUUCUUUUUGGAGACUCAAUCACACAGUUUUCCUUUCAAGCAAACGGAUGGGGCUCCGAAAUAACAAAUAAAUUAGCCAGGAAAUGCGAUGUGGUGAACCGAGGAUUCUCGGGAUACAACUCAAGAUGGGCCAAGAUCAUCCUUCCGCGCAUCAUUAACAGCAACAAUGUCGCCGCCGUCACCGUCUUCUUCGGAACCAACGACUGCUCUUUGCAAGACAAAAAUCCACAGCAGCACGUGCCAAUGCAGGAGUAUGCAGAGAACCUGAAGGACAUUGUGAAACACCUGUCUUCAGUGGGGAUUUCUGCGGACAAGGUUAUACUUAUCACCCCUCCACCUCUUCACGAGCCCACCUGGGAGAAGGAGUGCCUCUUCAAAGGCUUUCCCCUUAACCGGCAUAACUCUGUGGUUGGGCAGUACGCCCAAGCCUGCGCCCAGGCUGGUUGGCAAAGUGGGGCUGAGGUGCUGGACCUCUGGACGCUCAUGCAGAAGGACGGACAGGACUACUCCUCCUACCUUUCUGAUGGGCUGCACCUCUCCACCAAAGGGAACGGGUUUGUAGCCGAGCACCUCUGGCCUCUCCUGGAAAAGCGGACUGCAUAUCUACCUAUGAUUCUUCCUUACUGGCGGGAUGUGGACACCGACAGCCCAGAAACCAGCCUCCUGAGUCAUGCCAGCCAAUGAAGAACAAUAAUUGACUGGGGGGGGGGGGGGGGCAUGCGGCGUGCACUGAAACCUAUGGGCUCACGAACACAGCAUACCGUGCUAAGCUUUUUUUUUUUUACUUUUUACAUAAAGCGUAAUCAAGGCUUGCAAUAAUGCUUGUGGUCUGUAGCUUCAGAAUAUUUAUCAUCUGAAUACCUUUUAUUUUACGUACAUUUCUCAUAUGCAGUGUGCUAUACAGUAAAGUUAAAAUGACACAGAAGUGAAAUAGCCAUAAAAUUAAGCAGGCAGUAAAACAAAGGCUAGAAGCAAUGGGAGGAAAGGGGGAGUAUAUAUUAAAAAAAAAUAGUACAAAAAGGGAACACUAAGAAAGCCAUUCUAAAGUGAAAAACUGAAAAUAGACAAUGGCUGAAUAUAAACAUUUUAUCUAGAGGCGUACAGGUAAGAAGUCACAAGAAACAGUCUGAAGUGGUUUGACAGAGAUGCCUUUGCUGGACACGGGCAAACACCACUCAGUCAUAGCCUCUUUGGCAGCAGCGAGUGGUGGAAUCAGGGGGGCAUCCUGCUCAAGCCGCUGCCCCGCAGGCUGCUUCCACCCAAGGUUUCCCCGCGUCUAGUGCUAAACAUUCUGAUAAAGUCGACCGAAUGGUCAUUAAGGCCAUGAUUAACAGUCACGGGUAACACUGAGUGACAGGUGGCAUUUACUGCAGGCUGCCAGCUAGACACCGCUACCAUUUACAGUAGUGAAGGUGACACAGGAAGACAGUGAUAUCACACAAAGGCAGUCUGGCUAAAUAAAUAAGUUAUUUCACAUUAACACAAAAGUAGC